CGCGCCCGGCGGCCACCCGACUCAGUCCCUCACCGGCCGGUCUAGGCAGCGGUGGAGGGUGGUUGGCAGUGGCUGGAGGCUUCGCUAUGGGAAGUUGUUCCUUUGCUCUCUCGCGCCCAGCCCUCCUCCCUGGUUCUCCGCAGCCGCUGUCGGAGGAGAGCACGGGGAGGCGCGGGCUGCAGCCACCGCUGCCUCUCCCCGCCCGGGCGGCCGCGCGGCUGGGCAGGUGCUGAGCGCCCCCGGAGCCUCCCUCGCCGCCUCCCUCCUCUGCCCGGCUGCCCGGCUGCCGCAGUGCACAUGGGGUGUUGGAGGUAGAUGGGCUCCCGGCCGGGAGGCGGCGGUGGAUGCGGCGCUGGGCAGAAGCAGCCGCCGACUCCAGCUGCCAAGGGGCCACGCGCCCCGGGCGCCUCUGCGAGCCCCGGGCUCAGCCAUGGGGACCUCCGCGAACAGCAGCACCGCCCUCGCCUCCUGCAGCCGCGUCGCUAGAGCUACGAUGAUCGCGGGCUCCUUUCUCCUGCUUGGAUUCCUUAGCACCACCACAGCUCAGCCAGAACAGAAGGCCCCAAAUCUCAUUGGCAAAUACCACCAUGUGGACCGUGCCACUGGCCAGGUGCUAACCUGUGACAAAUGUCCGGCAGGAACGUAUGUGUCCGAGCACUGUACCAACACAAGCCUGCGUGUCUGUAGUAGCUGCCCUGUGGGGACCUUUACCAGGCAUGAGAAUGGCAUAGAGAAAUGCCAUGACUGUAGUCAGCCAUGCCCAUGGCCGAUGGUUGAGAAAUUACCCUGUGCUGCCUUGACUGACCGAGAAUGCACUUGCCCACCUGGCAUGUUCCAGUUUAAUGGUACCUGCACCCCCCAUACGGUGUGUCCUGUGGGUUGGGGCGUGCGGAAGAAAGGGACAGAGACCGAGGACGUGCGGUGUAAGCAGUGUGCUCGGGGUACCUUCUCUGAUGUGCCUUCUAGUGUGAUGAAAUGCAAAGCAUACACAGACUGUCUGAGUCAGAACCUGGUGGUGAUCAAGCCGGGGACCAAGGAAGCAGACAACGUCUGUGGCACACUUUCGUCCUCCAGCACGACCUCACCUUCCCCUGGCACAGCCAUCUUUUCAUACCCGGAGCACAUGGAAUCCCAUGAAGUCCCUUCCUCCACCUAUAUUCCCAAAGGCAUGAACUCAACAGAAUCCAGCUCUUCUGCCUCUGUUAGACCAAAGGUACCGAGUGGCAUCCAGGAAGGGACAGUCCCCAACAACACAAGCUCAGCGAGGGGUGAGGAAGGCGUGAACCAGACCUUCCCAAACCUCCAGGUAGUCAACCACCAGCAAGGCCCCCACCACAGACACAUCCUGAAGCUGCUGCCAUCCAUGGAGGCCACUGGGGGGGAGAAGUCCAGCACGCCCAUCAAAGGCCUCAAGAGGGGUCACCCCAGGCAGAAUUUACACAAGCAUUUUGACAUCAAUGAACAUUUGCCCUGGAUGAUUGUGCUUUUCCUGCUGCUGGUGCUUGUGGUGAUAGUGGUAUGCAGUAUCCGGAAAAGCUCAAGGACUCUGAAAAAGGGGCCCCGGCAGGAUCCGAGCGCCAUUGUGGAAAAGGCAGGGCUGAAGAAAUCCAUGACCCCAACCCAGAACCGGGAGAAGUGGAUCUACUACUGCAAUGGCCAUGGGAUUGACAUCCUGAAGCUCGUAGCAGCCCAAGUGGGAAGCCAGUGGAAGGAUAUCUAUCAGUUUCUGUGCAAUGCCAGUGAGCGGGAGGUGGCCGCUUUCUCGAACGGGUACACGGCCGACCACGAGCGGGCCUACGCAGCUCUGCAGCACUGGACCAUCCGGGGGCCUGAGGCCAGCCUCGCCCAGCUCAUCAGUGCCCUGCGCCAGCACCGGCGCAACGAUGUCGUGGAGAAGAUUCGGGGACUGAUGGAAGAUACGGCCCAGCUGGAAACUGACAAACUGGCCCUCCCGAUGAGCCCCAGCCCACUUAGCCCGAGCCCCAUCCCCAGCCCCAACACGAAACUUGAGAAUUCCACCCUGCUGACGGUGGAGCCUUCCCCGCUGGACAAGAACAAGGGCUUCUUCGUGGAUGAGUCGGAGCCUCUUCUUCGCUGUGACUCCACAUCCAGCGGCUCCUCGGCUCUGAGCAGGACGGGCUCCUUUAUUACCAAAGAAAAGAAGGACACGGUGUUGCGGCAGGUACGCCUGGACCCCUGUGACUUACAGCCUAUUUUUGACGACAUGCUCCACAUUCUGAAUCCUGAGGAGCUGCGGGUGAUUGAAGAGAUUCCUCAGGCUGAGGACAAGCUGGACCGGCUAUUUGAGAUUAUUGGAGUCAAGAGUCAGGAAGCCAGCCAGACCCUCUUGGACUCUGUGUAUAGCCAUCUUCCCGAUCUAUUGUAGACCAUGAGGGAUACUGCACUCUGGAAAUUACUCAAUGUAGUGGCAGGGUGGUUUUUUGUUUGUUUUGUUUCUGUUUUUCUAGUUGCGUGUGUGUGCAUGCGCACACACACGUGCGUGUGUGUGUGUGUGUAACAGAGUAUAUGGCCAGUGUUUGAGUUCUUUCUUUCUUUUUUUAACCCUUCUAGGAAGUUAGUUUAUAAGCCUUACUCAAGGUGUAACUGUUGAAAAAUACCCACCACUAAAGUUUUCUAGGUUCCAUAUUUUCUGUUUCGACUUCUUAUGUGUUUUCAAAAUUGUUCUGUGCACUUUAAAUUCAUUUAAUGUACCACAAAUGCAGUGUGGCUUUUCCUGCACACUGGAUUGUGAGGCUCUGAACUUCUUAAAAGUGUAAUGGCAUCUUGUGAAUUCUAUACGCAGUCUUCAUGUCUCAACAUCCACAUCAGCUUUUUAUUUUUUAAUUGUAACUUUUUUUUUAUUAUUAUUUGUAAUUUACAAAUUUUCUUAAGGGUUAAAGAAGUGUAAUACCCCGUUGCGUUACUGUAAUGCAAUAGAUUUUGAGUUAUCGUUUUAAUAUGCCUUGUUGUAUAGUUCAUAUUCAUGGCUGAAACUUGACCACACUGUUGCUGAUUGUAUGAUUUUCACUUGGGCACCGUGUAGAAUGCCUGAUUACUUGUGCCCCUCUUAUGCUAAUGAUGCUCUGGGCUGGAGACAUGAAAUCCUCAAGCCAUCAGACCUUGCUAUUUAAGUGGCUUGACACCUGGGCCACCAAAGAACUUGAACUUCAUCUUUUAGGAAUUGAGCUAUUCUGGAACGUAUUGCUGCACUUUGGAAAGUCACAACUGAGUGCCCGUGGCACCUUUUUCCAUAGGGGAUUUGCUCAGUUUUGCUUUAAAAGAUGUCUUGUUUUUUUAUACACACACACGUAGUCGGUAGGUCCAGUCUGCCCUCGAGGCCUUGGUCUUGGUGGGUGUCCUUUGUCAUUCAAUCACUUUAAUUAAAAGUGGCUGCAGCUGUAAGAGCUCUUGUCUGAUAUAUUUGCAACUCUGCUCCCGUUUAUAAACAUGCUCUCUAAUAACGCUCAGUUGCCAGACUCUAAUGCAAAGGUGGCGUGGACUCCCUUUGUGUGGGCGGGGUUUGUGGGUCAUGGGGAGGGACUGAUAGCAGAAAAAAUGCCUUCAAGUGUACUAAUUUAUUAAUAAAUAUUAGGUGUUUGUUA